AUGCGUUGCGUUGAUAGCUACUUCAUUGAAGAGAUUGAUGAUAGUGCCAUCAUGACACACUUGCGCAACUACCUACUUGUCCUACCGAACAAUGCUUUUGCUGUCCUUGUUACACGAACAGAGUACAUCCGUGCCUUGAAGUUCGAUGGCACCAUCAGUCCCAAGGUUUAUGAUUCUGCCAACCAAGUUGCCAACUCCAUCAUCCGCUCCCUUCAAGUCUCGAUUCAGAGGGGUACUAGCAAUGACUACCGCAUGCACCCUAUCAUCAUGACUCUGUUCCAACGCCAAGCUCAGUCUCCUGACGCUUCUGGUCGAUCUGCCCGUUCCCCUUUGCCAAAGCGUCAACGUAUGUCGUCUACGGACUCCCCUCAUACCCCUGGCCAGUCCAAUCCAGAAGCGAAUAAGAGGAAGGGCAUCCUCUUAUACUCGGGUCCCCAAGCCCGCUCCCCGCCGUCCUGCAACGUCUUUGCCCGGUCACCGGGCAGUUCCUCGAAUGAACGACUUUGCCUCCCGUUCAUGUGCCAAGGCUUUGCGUGCACCCGGGUGGGCUGCAAGCGGGUCCAUAUUUCGGCCCUCAGCAAGCUCCCUGCCGACAAGCAGGCCCAGCUGAAGUCCUUCGUGGACGCCUCCCCACACCUUUCCUUUGCUCCUGGACGUGGCCCUGCUGGUAGGGCUUCCUCGUAA